AUGAGUACAACUCAACCUAGAAGACACUCCACUGUGAAAGAUGUCCAAGAUACCUCCUAUUCAAAUACUACCGAUAAUACGGGUGAUUUGUCUACAUCUAAGGCUUUGGUUAUAGUAGCCAUAAUAUUUGGUAUAUCACUGCUGACUUUAGGAUUAUUGUAUAGACAAUUCCCAGAAUUAGAAGAGCAUGAAAAACAGUAUUUGAAAUUGCCAUGGGAUCUUGAAGAAGCAAAGCAUUUAGGUCUAGUUUUGGACCGAUAUAAGGAUAAAUAUUUCUAUGAAGUAUUAAUGGGUGUAUUUCUAGUCUAUAUCUUUUUGCAAACAUUUGCAAUACCAGGUUCCAUUUUUUUAAGUAUCCUUUCAGGAUUCUUGUUUCCAUUUUAUUUAGCUCUACUAUUAGUUUGCUGCUGUUCAGCAAUUGGUGCCAGCUUGUGCUUUUUCCUGUCAAAUCUUCUUGGGAAAAGAAUAGUUAGGAAAUUUUUCCCAGAAAAAGCAGCCCAAUGGUCCAUAGCAUUGGCAAAACAUAAAAAUAAUUUACUUAAUUAUAUAAUAUUUUUAAGAGUCACUCCAUUUUUACCAAACUGGUUUAUUAAUAUGUCAGCCCCUGUAAUUGGAGUGCCUUUAGUGCCAUUUGCAUUAGGAACUUUUAUUGGUGUUGCUCCACCAUCUUUUGUUGCUAUACAGGCUGGACAAACUCUUCACACUCUGACGUCAACAAGUGAUGCAUGGUCUUGGACGUCAAUAACUGUCCUUACGGUUUUUGCUUUUGUUUCUCUUAUACCAGUACUACUUCAACAAAAAUUAAAAGACAAAUUUGAAUAA